AUGGCUGAGCAAAAGAAAUUGGACGUUCUUAUGUGCGGUACUGGAGAGUACACUACGGGAUGGACGGGCUCCGGAGCAUCCAAAUCCGACAAGAAAGUUGGAGUCGUUGGGCUCACGCUCUUCGAUCUUCGCCGAUUGGGCAAGGUCGAUAAACUUGGCAUGGUUGGAGUCUCUGGAGGUAAAUUCCCGGCCAUUCGCCAACAUCUGGACGAGAAGAUCGGUCAAGUUUACAAGGAUCUAGAUUUGACGUUUACAUCCUAUCCCGAAGAAAACAAGACUGACCCAGAGGCUUACAAGGCCGCGAUCGACGCUCUCGAGCCUGGUGCUGCGGUCAUCAUAUUCACUCCCGACAGUACCCACUAUCCUAUCGCCAAGUACGCUAUCGAACGCAAGCUUCACGUAUUGGUCACCAAGCCCGCGACACAACUACUCACUCAUCACAAUGAACUGAUCACCCUCGCAGAAAAGAACGGUGUUAUAUGCUGGGUCGAGCACCACAAGCGCUAUGAUCCUGCGUAUUCCGAUGCGCGCGGUCGCGCCGCCGCUCUCGGCGAAUUCAACUUCUUCAGCGCGUGGAUGUCUCAACCCAAGUCACAAUUGGAGACCUUCCGUGCAUGGGCAGGAAAGGAUUCUGAUAUUAGCUAUUAUCUGUCCUCUCAUCAUAUCGAUAUCUGCGCGUGGAUGUUACAAGACAAAGCAUACCCUACUCGCGUUGUUGCAUCGGCUGCAACCGGUAUCGCAACUUCGGAGCCUUACAACUGUGUCCCCCAAACGGAAGACACUAUCACCCUUUUGGUAGACUGGCAAUCGUACAGUUCCCCCAAGCACAAGGGAACUGGUGUCUAUACCGCCUCGUGGACCGCGCCAUUGGGAGCAGGUAUUCACUCGGCACAACAUUUCCACUAUAUGGCGGAGAAGGGAGACAUUCACGUCGACCAAGCGCAUCGCGGCUACGACGUCACUGUUGACGGUGCUGGAAUUACUUGGUAUAAUCCUUUCUAUAUGAAGUACACACCUUCCGAAACCGGUCACUUUGACGGCCAGCGGGGUUACGGCUAUAUCUCUAUCGAGAAAUUUAUCGAUGGUGCACGUCUCGUAAACUCUGGUGGCGCCAAACCUGAGGACUUUGACAAACAAGGCUUCCCUACGAUCCGUAACACUGUCCUCACGACCGCGAUCCUCAACGCCGGGCGCAUUAGUCUGGAUGAGAAGCGAGCAGUCUUCAUCGAGAAGAAAGGCGAUGAGUGGACCCUCGUCUAG